AUCAUAAAGAAUGCUGAUCUUGAAGAACUGUGGGAGUUAGGAUCUGGUACAUAUGGAACUGUUUAUCACGGGAAAUGGCGGGGAACAGAUGUUGCUAUCAAGAGAAUUAAAAAUAGCUGCUUUGUCGGGAGAUCAUCAGAGCAAGAACGAUUGAUCAAAGACUUUUGGAGAGAGGCACAAAUCCUUUCAAAUCUUCAUCAUCCAAACGUGCUUGCAUUUUAUGGGGUGGUACCAGAUGGGGCUGGGGGAACCUUGGCAACUGUAACUGAAUUUAUGGCAAAUGGCUCACUUAGGAAUGUCCUACUUAAGAAGGAUAGAUCACUUGAUAGCCACAGAAAGCUUAGAAUUUCCAUGGAUGCAGCUUUUGGCAUGGAAUACUUGCAUUCAAAAAAUAUUGUCCAUUUUGAUCUGAAGUGUGACAACCUGCUAGUCAAUCUGAGGGAUCCACAACGACCCAUAUGCAAGGUUGGUGACUUUGGACUGUCGAGAAUCAAACGCAAUACUCUAGUUUCUGGUGGUGUGCGAGGAACCCUCCCUUGGAUGGCACCAGAAUUGUUGAAUGGGAGCAGCAACCGGGUUUCUGAGAAGGUUGAUGUUUUUUCAUUUGGCAUUACAAUGUGGGAGAUAUUAACAGGAGAGGAACCUUACGCAAACAUGCAUUGCGGGGCAAUCAUAGGGGGAAUUUUGAAGGAUACCCUGAGGCCUCCUAUUCCAGAACGGUGUGAUCCUGAGUGGAGGACACUGAUGGAACAGUGCUGGUCAACGGACCCCGAAGCUCGGCCAUCGUUUACUGAGGUUACAAAUAGGUUGCGAUCAAUGUCCAUUGCAGUCCAUGCAAAGGGACAAAAUUAUGUAGCAAGACAGACGAGGCCUGGCAUCCCUGUGUAAUUCCGAAGGCAACACACCACAUACCAUGUUUGAAUUUGUUCCUUUCUUCAAGAGCCAAGAUUGUCUUGUAUCUUGUUGGAAGAAACCCUAAGGUGGAGAGGAUUUAUAAGCUUUCAAGGGCAUGAGCACGAAUACAGUAAUUGCUGGAGUUGUAACUCUCCGAUGCAUAGUAUCUUCUUUUUUUUCUUUCUUUCCCCACUUUUGUUAAUUAGUAUAGCUGUUCAUUCAUUCAUUCUUUUUGGUAUAUAGGAAAAGACAUCGUAUUAAGGUGUGAUGGAGAGGGCAUAUAUAUAUUUUUUCCCCCUGAUUAGUACUGUUGAUGUUUGUGUAUAUAUAUUGUAUGCACAUGAAUGAAGUAAUUUAACUUUUGUUUGAUGUA